AUGGCACAACCUCUGGGACUUGAAAUCACAGAGCUAAGGUUGGGUCUACCUGGGGCCAAUGGUGGACCUAGAAAUGACAAGAAAAGGGUUUUCUCUGAGGUGUCCGGCGAAGCAAACGGCACAACCGAUGAGCGAAAAAUCCAAACAAAGAGUGAAGUUGUGGGGUGGCCACCAGUAUGUUCCUAUCGGAAAAAGAAUAGUUUCAAUGAGAAAGAUAGCCACGAAACUUCAAAAAUUUACGUGAAAGUUAGCAUGGAUGGAGCUCCUUUUCUUCGAAAAAUUGAUCUGGGCAAGCAUAAGGAGUAUUCGGAUCUUGUUGUCGCGUUGGAGAAGUUGUUUGGCUGUUUUGGCAUUGGCAAAGCAUUGAAGGAUGCAGAAGAUUGCGAAUACGUCCCCAUAUAUGAAGACAGAGAUGGAGACUGGAUGCUGGUGGGAGACGUGCCUUGGGAGAUGUUUAUUGAAUCUUGCAAGAGGCUAAGGAUAAUGAAGAGGUCAGAAGCCAAAGGCUUUGGACUGCAGCCAAGAGGUUCGCUCAAGGGAAUUUCAAAAGAUGAUCGUGACUAA